AUCGCUUUCUCCCCCCCCCCCCCCCCAUCCGUUAGUCGGCUCAUUCUGUAGGUCUCUGGUGGAGGGUGCGGCUCAGAAACGGAUCUCUGACGAACACUCAGAGGACUUUAAUAACUCUACGGACCAUCUGUAUUCACUCAACUAUACAUCAAGAUGAAGAGCGCACUUAUACUUUUUCUUUUCUCAUCAUCAGUGAUCGGUGUGUUUGGUGAUACAGAUGAAGUGAAAGUGUCAGUGAUGGAGGGAGAUUCUGUCACUUUAUACACUGAUGUUGCAAAAAUACAGGGAAGUGAUUCGAUAGAAUGGAGGUUUAAUGGAAAUCGCAUGGCUAGAAUCAAAAGUGACUCCAUUACACCUGAUAAGUCAUUCAGAGACACAAUGCAGCUGAACAAUAUGACUGGAGAUCUCAAGAUCACAAACAUCACAACUACAGACUCUGGACUCUAUAAACUAAAGAUCAAAAGCAGCAGUGGGUCCCCAGAGAAGACAUUCAGUGUCACUGUUGUGAUUUCAGGAGUGAAGUCUGUGUCAGUGAAGGAGGGAGAUUCAGUCACUCUAAACACUGGUGUUAAUGAACUACAGAGAGAUGAUGUGAUACGGUGGAGACAUCAAAACGUUGUAGCUGGAAUCGAUAAUAAUUAUGUUCAGCUAUACAGAGGCGGACUGGAGCUGGAUCGUCAAACUGGAUCUCUGACCAUCACAAACAUCACAAUUGAAUAUGCUGGAGAUUAUGAAGUUGAUGUCACCAUCAGCAGCAGAAGAUACACCAUACACAAGUCAUUCAGUGUGAACGUCAAUGAACUGAAGUCAGUGUCAGUGAUGGAGGGAGAUUCAGCCACUCUAAACUCUGAUCUUACUGAAAUACAAAGAGAUGAUGUAAUCCGUUGGAGUUUUGGAAAAAUUACUAUUGCUGAAAUCAUCAAAGCAGACCAACAAUUCUCUACUUAUGAUGGUCCUGAUAGGAGAUUCAGAGGCAGACUGAAUCUGGAUCAUCAGACUGGAUCUCUGAAUAUCAUGAACAUCAUAGACACAGACUCUGGAAAUUAUACACUGAAGAUCAGCAGCAGCAGAUUCACCGUACACAAGAGAAUCAGCGUUACCGUUAAUGAGACAGUGACGUUAGUGUUGGUGAUGGAGGGAGAUUCUGUCACUUUACACACUGAUCAUUCUAAAAUAUCGAGAAAUGAUAUAGUACAGUGGUCUGGAGACAAAAACGUCCUCAUUACUCCCUCUGAUGCAAGAUGGAGUAACACUGUUCAGAAUGAUCAGACCGGAGAUCUCACCAUCAGAAACAUCCGAAGAGAUCAGUCUGGAGAUUAUAAAAUAAUUUUCAUGGACAUACAGAUGCGUUUCAUGAGCAUACGCAGGAAAUUCCAUAUUAAUAUUAGUGAUGUGUUUAGUGAUGAGACAGAUGGAAUGAAGACGGUGUCAGUGAUAAAGGGAGAUUCUGUCUUUCUCAACACUUCUGUUACUGAAAUACAAAAAGGUGAUCUUAUAGAGUGGCUAUUUGGAGCUCAAAACAUCACCAUAGCAAAAACUGAUGGAAAGAACAACAGUAUAUAUAAUGACAAGGAUGUGAGGUUCAAAAACAGACUAAAUCUAGAUAAGCGAACUGGAGGUCUCACCAUUGAGAACUCCAACAUUGAACACUCAGGACAUUAUCAGCUGAAGAUCAUCAAUAACAACAAAUAUACUAUACAGAAGAGCUUCAGUGUCACUGUCAGUCUGUCUUCAGGUGCUAUAGCAGCGAUUGUUGUUGCUGUUGUUCUGGUGUUUUUAGCUGCAGCUGCUGGUGUGAUUUACUACCUCUGCAAGAGCUCUAUACCAGAAAGAAGUAGUGCAAGGCACUGGUACCUCUAAUCAGGAUGAACAAACACUAAGUGAAUGGACAAAAUGAUACUUCAAUCAAAGACGAAGAGACUGAAUUGACCAAACCAGCUGAAGCAGUUGAACAGCGGUAGUUUAUUUAAAGGUGCCCUAAAAUCUAUAUUUCACAAGAAUGUGUCUGUGAAGUUUCAGCUCAAAAUACCCCAUAGAUUUUUAUUAUACCAUGUUUUAACUGCCUAUUUUGGGGUGUGAUUAAAAAUGCACUGAUUCGGUGUGUGUACACCUUUAAAUGCUCGUGCUCCCCGCCCCCAAGCUUGCAACUCUAUUAAACAUUUCAUAAAUACAACAGAAGUUGUUCACACAGCAAAUAUAACUCUCAAAAUGGAUCUUUACAAACUGUUGGUGAUGCAGCAUAUCAGAUCACAUAAGCAUUUUGUGGAUGUUUGAUAAAAAUUGAUUCUGAACGACUUUGAUAAUGCUGUGUGGCUAACGUGGCUAAAGCUACACACUUGGAGAGAUUUAUAAAGAAUGAAGUUGUGUUUAUGAAUUAUACAGACUGCAAGUGUUUAAUAAUGAAAAUAACGGCAUGGCUCUGGUCUCCGUGAAUACAGAAAGAAACAAUGGUAACUUUAACCACAUUUAACAGUACAUUAGCAACAUGCUAACGAAACAUUUAGAAAGACAAUUUACAAAUAUCACUAAAUAUAUCAUGAUAUCAUGGAUCAUGAACAGUUAUUACUGAUCCAUCUGCCAUUUUUGCUUUUGUCCUUGCUUGCUUUAUAAUACCUGCAGAACUUCUGAUGUUUCAGCUGUGCAGCUCCAGACGUUAAUACUGGCUUGUCCUAUGCCUUGAACAUGGGCUGGCAUAUUCAAAUGUUGGGGGCGUACAUAUUAAUGAUCCCGACUGUUGCGUCACAGUCGGUGUUAUGUUGAGAUUCGCCUGUUUUUCCGUGGUGUUUUUCAUGCACGAGAUUUACAUAUGAAGGAGGAAACAAUGGUGUUUGAGACACAUGAAGAGUGUUUGAAGUCAACCCAUUUGUGCUUUUGCAAUAUGAAACUACCGUAUGAAGACUUUAAUUUGUUUUUGGCAUAAAUUGAGCAACAUGUUUUAUUUAUUAUAAAGUUGAUGUAACAGUUUGCCGUUCACCCUGAUACUGAUCACAUUGUUUAUGUACUAAGAGACAGUUUGACUGAUUUUGGCUGAUGUAGCAUGUUAAGCUGUAAGAUGGUUUGAUUAUUGUUACAUUCAAGCUAAAUAAUGCAUAUAUGCUUUUAUUCUUGCUUGUUUUUAUUUGAUGCUCUUGCACUGUUACAUUGCACAGUUUGUGCUUCGAGUAUUCAUGCUUAAAUAUUUUUACAACAACCUUGAACUCUUGAAGAUGCCUAUUAGUAUUAUACCUAUAGAAGUGAAUCUGUCUUUCUCUGUCACCUGAUAAAAUGUGAAUGCGAUAUCUUAAAUGUGUUCUGAAUGCAGAGUGUUUUAUGAAGAAUGCAGUGCUCUGAUACACUGUGUUCAUGUAGGAGUUACACAUGAUCUUACUGUCUCAACAUGUCAUUCAUUCAGCUUAUGCUUCUCUAUAAACCGCUGUUAUAACAUGAAACGCAUCAGUUUUUUCAGUUCACAUUGUGGAUGUUUAUUGUGAAAAUACAUUUUUUUGUGUGAUUAA